AUGACAGAUUUAAGAAAGAGAUCUCUUUCAUUGUAAAAUAAUGAAAUACUUUGUGCUGAUUUCUAUUAAAGAUCUGAAUGUUCUCCUGAUAAACUCAAAAGAAAAUCACAAAGAUCAUAAUAAGCAAUCAUUAUAACUUCACCUGUAAGUAAUCUGUUUGUAUUUAAGACAAAAAAAGUAGAAAAGCAUAAUUCUAAUUUAUUUGAAAUUUAUAUAGAUGGAAACUAGACAGUUAAAGAAGGAUGGUUGUAUUAGAGUAAAAAAGUUUAUAUUGAACUUACAAGAUAAUCAAUAAAAGAAUUUAAUGAUGAAUAAAAAACAUAAUUGAUUAAAAUUGUGUCUUUAAAAGAGUUUGAAUACAAUAUCUAAUAAGACAAAUAGAUCAUUAAAUUAUAGUUUCCUCAUUUAAAUUAAAUAAUUACAUACUAAGCUAAAGAUGCUGUUGAAGCUAAGAUGUGGGUUGGAUGUUUAAAUAUUGUAUUAGAUAAACACAGAAAUCAUCCAAAAAAUAAAUUAUAAUUAUAAGAAGUAUCAAGAUAUUUUGGUUUUAAUGUGAUUUCAGAAGAGUAUUUUUUGAAAAUUGUAGAAUCUGGAGAUCUUCUUCUUUUUGAAACCAAUAAUACAGGAGCCAAAUUAUAAAGAGUAUUUACAAAUACUAAAUAUGAUCAUGUGGCAAUUGCUAUUAAAAUGGCUAAUAAAUAUCUAUUUGUAUUUGAUGCCAAUGCAGAUACAGGAGUUACAUUUAUGGAAUGGUCAUAAUUUAUUGAAAUAAAUGAUCUUUAUGAAAAGUAAUCGAAAGUUUACCAAUUUUAGACUAGCAAUCAGAAAACUUAUGAAUGUUGAUAGAAUAGAAAUUGAAAAGAAAAUGAUUGAAUUUUUACAAUAAGUUCAUGGAAAGAAAUAUGAAGUUACUUUCAGUAAACUCUUUAGAUAAAAGAGUUUAAGUCCAUCUAAAUCUAAUGAAAGUUUUUUUUGUUCAGAAUUAGUAGCUAAAGCAUUUAAAUAUUGUGGAUUGUUAGAAUCAGAUAAAGCAAGCAGUUCAUUCUUACCUGUUUAAUUUACUAAACAACUUAAAUUAACUAAUCAAAUAUAGAUUACUGAUGACAUUGUUGUAAUACUCAAAAAACAUUUAACUAAAUGA